UUGGGCCAAGCAUUCCCGGAAUGCGCUUCCUGCUGGCGCGGGGCGGGGGGCAGGCGGGGAGGCCCGGGAGGGCGGGGGGCGGCGCGGCCGGAGCCCCGGGCGCGCACUCCGCCCGGCCCGGGCCCCAGCAUGGCUGAGCCGCUGCUCAGGAAAACCUUCUCCCGCCUUCGGGGCCGGGAGAAACUUCCCCGGAAAAAGUCGGACGCGAAGGAGCGCGGCCGCCCAUCCCAGCGCCCAGAGCCUAGUCCUCCAGAGCCAGAGCCCCAGGCCCCAGAAGGAUCCCAGGCUGGAGCAGAGGGGCCCCCCAGCCCUGAGGCAUCUCGGAGCCCGGCUCGGGGUGCCUACCUGCAGAGCCUGGAGCCCAGCAGCCGACGAUGGGUGCUGGGUGGGGCCAAACCACCAGAUGAGGUCGCUUUGGGGCCCGGGGUACCUGGCAGUGGGGAGCCUGCUGGUGAGAUCUGGUACAACCCCAUCCCUGAGGAGGAUCCCAGACUCCCGGCAUCUGAGCUCCCAGGCCCACAGCCAGUCUCAGAUGAGCCGGAGAGCCUGGCCUCCCCAGGCGCAGCCCCCGCCAGUCCCCCAACCAAAGCUUCCCGUACCAAGUCCCCCGGCCCGGCCAGGCGCCUCUCAAUGAAGAUGAAGAAGCUGCCAGAGCUGCGGCGCCGCCUGAGUCUGCGGAGCACCCGGGCUGGCCGAGAGCGCGAGCGAGCCGCCCCCGCAGGCUCGGUCAUCAGCCGUUACCACCUGGACAGCAGCGUGGGGACCCCGGGGCGGGCAGCAGUGGCUGAGGGCACACGGGGCCUGAGGGCCGGUUACCUGAGUGAUGGCGACUCUCCUGAGCGCCCGGCAGGGCCACCGUCGCCCACCGCCUUCCGCCCCUAUGAGGUGGGCCCAUCGGCUCGGACGCCCCCCGCUGCACUCUGGGGCCGCCUCAGCCUGCACCUGUAUGGGCUGGGGGGGCUGCGACCAGCACCUGGGUCUACUCCGCGAGACCUCUGCUGCCUGCUGCAGGUGGAUGGGGUGGCCCGGGCCCGAACGGGGCCGCUGCGUGGGGGGCCAGACUUCCUGCGGCUGGACCACACCUUCCACCUGGAACUCGAGGCUGCUCGGCUGCUGCGGGCCCUGGUGCUGGCGUGGGACCCUGGCGUUCGGCGGCACCGGCCCUGUGCCCAGGGCACUGUGCUGCUGCCCACUGUUUUCCGAGGGUGCCAGGCCCAGCAGCUGGCUGUGCGCCUGGAGCCCCAAGGGCUGCUGUAUGCCAAGCUGACCCUGUCAGAGCAACGGGAAGCACCAGGCACAGCCGAGCCCCGCGUUUUCGGGCUGCCCCUGCCACUGCUGGUGGAGAGAGAGCAGUCCCCGGGCCAGGUGCCCCUCAUCAUCCAGAAGUGUGUUGGGCAGAUCGAGCGCCGAGGGCUGCGGGUAGUGGGGCUAUACCGUCUGUGUGGCUCAGCAGCUGUGAAGAAAGAACUUCGAGAUGCCUUUGAGCGGGACAGUGCAGCUGUCUGCCUCUCUGAGGACCUGUACCCCGAUAUCAAUGUCAUUACUGGUCAGCAUGCCCCUUCUCUCUCCUACCUGCUCCCCAUUCAGCCCUCACCUCAAGGCAGUCCCUGUGGUCCCUCUGGGACCUCACCCCUUCUGUUGGCCUUGCUUUCACUUUCCUGCACCUAUCCUCCUCCUCUUUCCCCCCUCCUAGCCCCAGAUGAACCUCCAGCCUCAGAAACCAAGGGUGUCCUAACCAGAGUGGACCCUGUAUCCACAGGCAUCCUCAAGGAUUAUCUACGGGAGUUGCCUACUCCACUCAUCACCCAGCCCCUCUAUCAGGUGGUGCUGGAGGCCAUGGCCCAAGGGCCCCCGAGCAGGGCUCCUUCCAGCACUGAGGGCACCCGUGGGCUCCUCAGCUGCCUGCCAGAUGUGGAGAGGGCUACACUGACGCUUCUCCUGGACCACCUGCGCCUUGUCUCCUCCUUCCACGCCCACAACCGUAUGACUCCGCAGAACCUGGCCGUUUGCUUCGGUCCUGUGCUGCUGCCAGCGCGCCAGGCCCCCGCUAGGCCCCGCAUCCGCAGCUCUGGCCCGGGCCUCUCGAACGCAGUGGACUUCAAGCGCCACAUCGAGGUGCUGCACUACCUGCUGCAGGCCUGGCCAGAUCCCCGCAGGCCCCCAGAAGCUCCGGAGCUCGUCUCGUACCUGAGGCCCAAACGACAGCCGCCGCUGCACUUGCCGCUAGCGAGCCCCGAAGUGGUGACUCGGCCCCGCGGUCGGGGCGGCCCCGAGAGCCCCCCGAGCAACCGCUACGCCGGUGACUGGAGCGUUUGCGGGCGGGACUUCCUGCCCUGCGGGCGGGACUUCCUGUCCGGGCCGGACUACGACCACGUGACGGGCAGUGACAGCGAAGACGAGGACGAAGAGGCUGGCGAGCCGACUGGCGCCACCGACUUCGAAGACGACUUCGAGGCUCCCUUCAACCCUCACCUGAACCUCAAAGACUUUGAUGCCCUCAUCCUGGACCUGGAGAGAGAGCUCUCCAAGCAGAUCAACGUGUGUCUCUGAGCCGGGCGGGGCCGGACCCCGAUUACUAAGGCCCGGCUCCUGGUUGCCAAGGCGAUGCCCUAACAACCCAGCAGGACCAGACCUCAGGCCGAGCUCCUGGUUCCUGGGGAGUUGCCUAGCGACCAGCCAACCCGUUGCUGAAGCUCAUUCCUCGUUUCCAGUGCUCAGUAUUUGGGUACUGGUUGCGAAGGCCGGGGACUGGGGGGUGUUAGGGACCAGCUAUUGUGGCCAUCUUUUCUGAGUUCCAAGGGUUUCUUCCCUGGCUGCCAAAAGGCACUUCUGCUUGCAGGGCUAGCUGGUCUCUCUUGCUUCCCCUUAGCCAGGGAAACACCAGUUACUGUGACCAUCACCCUGGGAUGGUGAUACACCACCCCCAGUCCGUCCUCUUGCUGCUGCCAACCAAAUCAGUAUUAGCUUUGAGCACUGCACUCUGCUUCUCCCUCAGCGGGCCCAAGGACUGUCAUGAGGUACUGUCUGAGGCAGGGUUGGGGAAAGCCCCUAUCCUGGGCUCUGGCUGGAUAGGGGCAGCCUGGGGCUUAUAGGAAAACAGCUGGUUUCCCCACCCUCUUUUCCAGGGAAAACCCCAUGAUUGCCUCAAACCAGCACAAGCAGAUAGCAGAGUCUGGCCCUUCCCCUCCCCAAUUCUUCUUCCCCAUUCCUGAAGAAAUUUAGCACUUAUAAGACCUCCCUUUUGGAGGGGCCCCACCUGAAGUGUCAGGCUGGGGGCACUUUGGUACGGAACAUAUUUAUUGCCUCCGUGCGUGUGUCUGUGUGUGAGGAGUAGUGUGCAUGGACGGGCAUGUGGGGCUCUUUCAGGGACCACAGAGGGGGGGAAAGAGUUUGUAGUGCCCAGGCACCCUGAAAUCCCCAGUAAUGGUGCCUCAGUGGGAGAGUAGGGUCCCCUCCUGUCUCCCCCCCUCUUUCCCUCACUUCCAACUUUGUGGACAAUAAAUCAAUAUGCACAGGU